AUGGCAGCAGAAUUGGCACGUUUCUGCGAAAUGAAAAUUCUUGAAUCUGAAGCCAAUAUAAUUGCUUUUAUUAAGAAGACUAAAAGAAAUCUUCAAUUUGAUUCUACUCACAAUUUAAAACAAAUGACGACACUUCUUGCAAAUAAUAAUUAUCAUAAUCAAAAUACUGUCAACGUCGAAAUUGAAAAAAGAACUGAAAUUACAGCUAUUCUCCAAGAAACGUUUCCGAUCAAUGAUGACGUCAAGUUUUUAAAAUUCGAAGAAUCAUUGCAUCCUACAAAUUUAGGGGCAAGAGAUAACAAUGGACAAAUCAUCGAGUAUUCUAGUGUGCAGAAACAAAAAGCUUUGGUGUCUUUAUUUUCGGUUUGGAUUUCAGCAAAUGAUACUUGGAAAGACUGCUGUAAACGAUUACUUUCCAACACGGUGCAUAAGGAUGUUCAAAAGCUUUAUAGUGGACAAGGAAGACAAACAUCGACGUCAAAAAAACGGAAUUUUAGUGAAACACAAAUUUUUAAAUGCUUACAAAGCUUUAUAAUUCAACAAUUCCCGAACCAGAAAAUGAAUCUUCUUCAGUAUGUGCAGGGCUGACAGUGACUCACUUUUCUCACUUUUACUAACUUUUUUCCAGGUCACUAACUAUUACUCACUUUUUAAAAAAAAAC